UCGCUUAUUAUUAUAUUCACAAUCGACAUUUACACGUAUUAGAAUUAGAAACUAAAUGAAGGACAAAUAGCGUACAAAUUAUAAAAAAAGCUAAUUAAUUUGCAAAACUCUACUGUUCAUAGUCGUCAUAGCGUUUGAAUUCAAACUCAAAAGUUGGCCCUUCCAUGUAAAAGAACGACUAACUUCUCGAUAAAUCAACAGCUCACUUCACGUUUGUUUCCCACCACACUCGGCGGCUAUAUCACUCCCCGUUCGUCGGCCGCCGUCUACUACGGUUGAGUCUCUCGGGAAAAGUGGAAACAAAAUAACGCGCAGUUGAAAAAAAGCAAAGUCCGCCCACCGACUCCAGCUGCGCCUCACUUGCUUCUGGGACAACGCAGAAUCGUCAACGUUCGAACAUGAGGAGUUUAAUUCUAACGCUUUUGGCCAUCGCCUUUUGCGACUAUGGCUCGGCUUUCACCAACGUCUAUCCGAAGUUGAAGAGCUACCCUGUACGCGAAGGGGAGGAUGUCGGAGAUCCUUUGUUCCUGACACCGCUGAUCGAAAGUGGAAAGAUCGACGAGGCGAGACAAAAGGCCUCGGUGCAACACAAGGAGAUGGCAGAUGUCGAUAGCUACGCCGGAUACUUCACCGUCAACAAGCAGUACAACUCGAAUUUGUUCUUCUGGUUCUUCCCUGCUAAGAUAAAUCCAAAAGAUGCUCCAGUUGUCCUGUGGCUGCAAGGUGGUCCAGGAUCAACAUCUUUGUUUGGUCUUUUCACUGAAAAUGGACCUUUCAGUGUUACAAAAAAUAAGACAUUGAAGGCAAGAAAAUAUUCUUGGAACAUCAAUCACAAUUUAAUUUACAUCGACAACCCAGUUGGAACUGGUUACAGUUUUACAGAACAUGAUUUAGGAUACGCUAACAAUGAAACUGAUGUUGGUCGUGAUAUUCAUACAGCACUGGUACAGUUCUUUGAUCUUUUUCCUGAACUUCAGAGUAAUGAAUUUUAUGUUACUGGAGAGUCUUAUGCUGGAAAGUAUGUGCCUGCUGCAUCUCAUGCCAUCAAAGAUUAUAAUAUCAAAGCUAAAAUCAAGAUAAACCUCAAAGGUCUUGCCAUUGGAAAUGGCUUGACAGAUCCCUUGAAUCAGCUUUAUUACAGCGAUUAUUUAUAUCAGAUUGGACUCCUUGAUUUUAAUGGACGUGAUCAAUUUAAACAACUGGAAAGCCAAGCGAGAGAUUUGAUUAGACAGCAGAAGUAUAUGGAUGCCUUUGUAAUAUUCGACAGACUGAUUGAUAACGAUUUAACUAAUGAGCCAUCAUUAUUCAAAAACUUGACUGGUUUCGAUUUCUACUUUAAUUAUCUACACACAAAGGAUUCCAACAGCUCCAAUUGGUUUGCUGAAUGGGUACAGAGGUCAGAUGUUCGCAAAGCUAUACAUGUUGGCAACUGUUCAUUCAAUACUCAAGCUCAAAAAGUUGAAGAACAUCUCAGAUCAGAUAUUACCCAAUCAGCAACAUUCUUUGUUGCUGAUCUACUGCAGCACUUCAAAGUUCUGAUUUACAAUGGACAAUUAGAUAUAAUUGUAGCCUACCCAUUGACAGAAAAUUAUCUUCAGAAUCUAGAUUGGCCUGGGGCCAAAGAAUAUAAAAAAGCUGUAAGAAAACAAUGGUGGGUAGGAAAAGAAUUGGCUGGUUACUCCAAAACUGUUGGAAACUUGACUGAAGUGCUUGUAAGGAAUGCUGGACACAUGGUGCCUGCGGAUCAGCCAAUGUGGGCCUGGGACUUAAUUACUCGUUUUACUCAUCACAAAUCUUUUUAAUUAUUUUCGUAUAAACUAAUUCUGUUAACCAUCACAUUUAAGAGAAUGACAAAGAUUUAAGAGGCUGUUUAAAUACCUUGUAAGUUAAUACGAUAGAAAAAUGGUUUGUGAUUAUAGAAUAAGGUGUUUGUACACGAUUUCACAGUUAUUUAAUAUAAACAAUUGAUGAGAAUUUUAGAACUUAAGACAAAAUUUUAAUACUUUUGCAAUACUUGAACUCAUUAGUACAAUGCGUUUAAACUUUGUCAACUACUUAAGCAAUAUGAUGCAAAUGUGUGAGAUAUUUUCAUGACAAGAGUAAUUUGAUAACUUUAAUAAGAAAACGAUUUUUAAUCCUUUGUACAUAGAUAUAGAAGUAAUUUGCAAUCUCAUUUUUUAAAAUUAUUUUAACAAUAGUAAUUAUGAAAGAUGUAAAAAAAAAAUUAGAAAAGAACGUUUACUUCGUAUAAUAUAAAGUAUUUCCGUUAUAUCAAUUUUUAUUACUCCAGUUGUAUUUAAGUAAUACAAAAAUGCUAACAAAUAAAGAUACUCUUAUUUUCCCAGAUUUGGCGUUUGAAAAUUAAUUUAUUCGUCCCACUAUAAAAUUAUUGCAAUUGCUGAAAAAAUUUCGCCAACUAUAUCCUGACUUUUUUAAACGCACGAUUUUAUUGAAUUACAUACUCUGGAUUUUCCUAUCAAUCCACUAUCGCGAGCAUAAAAAUGAUAAAACGAUUUCAUUCAGAAUUUUGUCAGCUAUCAACUUUUUUCCGUUUGGCAAAACAAAAUUAUCAGAAUAAACAAAGCAUCUCUUCCUCUUUGCUUCAUUAUUUCUAGAAAUAUUUAUUUGGUUUAAAAUUUCGAAAAUAUUUUUCUAUAAUUAAUUCUUAAAUUUAAUUAUAAUCACAACACCAGCUUCACGAUCGCCAUUAAAAAAUAUCGUCUACAAUUUAUCUUCAGAUCAAUCCCGAAAAUGCCCCGGUGGUGCUGUGGUUGCAAGGCGGUCCAGGUGCAACGUCUCUGUACGGUCUCUUCACCGAAAACGGGCCCUUCAUUGUCACGGAAAAACAGACGCUGAAGUUCCGCAAAUACUCCUGGAACAUCAAUCACAACGUUAUCUACAUCGACAAUCCCGUGGGUACCGGCUACAGUUUCACGGAGAACGAGGCAGGCUACGCCACCAAUGAAACCGAUGUCGGACGCGAUAUGCACGAGGCUCUGGUUCAAUUCUUCAGUAUUUUCCCGGAGCUUCGGGAGAACGAGUUUUACGUAACCGGGGAAUCCUACGCCGGGAAAUACGUGCCUGCGGUGUCACACGCGAUCAAAGACUACAACGUCAAGGCCAAAAUCAAGAUCAAUUUACAAGGCCUUGCAAUUGGAGACGGCUGGACCGACCCUAUUAAUCAGAUUAAUUAUGGGGAUUAUCUGUAUCAGAUUGGACUCAUCGAUUUCAACGCCCGAGAGCAGUUCACGGUGAUGGAGAGCAAAGCUAAAGACUUAAUCAAGCAAGGAAAAUACUUGGAAGCUGGCGAGGUUCUUGACAAUCUCAUCGACGGCGACUUCGGUUCCAAGUCGUUGUUUCAGAAUCUUACUGGCUACAACUUUUACUUCAAUUACCUGCACAUAAAAGAUUCUAACGAUUCGGAUCUGUUUGCUCAGUUCGUGCAACGUCCUGACAUCAGGAAAGCUCUACACGUCGGCAAUCGUCCCUUUAAUACGGAGACGAAUAAAGUUGAGAAGUAUCUCAGAGCGGACACUACAAAAUCCGCAGCAUACAUAGUUGAAGAUUUGAUAAAAAAUUACAGAAUACUGAUUUACAACGGUCAGUUGGAUAUAAUUUGCGCAUAUCCCAUGACCGUGAACUACUUGAGAAAUUUGGAUUGGCCAGGAGCCGAGAAAUAUAAAACGGCGGAGAGAAAGCACUGGUGGGUUGGAAACGAACUGGCUGGAUACACGAAGUCGGUGGACAAUUUGACUGAAGUACUUGUGAGGAAUGCUGGACAUAUGGUGCCUGGAGAUCAGCCAAUGUGGGCUUGGGUUAUGAUCACACACUUUACUCAUCGCAAGCAUUUGUAAAAAUGUUUUUAUGAAUUAUUCUAUCUUUUCUUUUGCAAAUCCGUGACGUAGAUGCUGUGAUUAAAAAAAACUAUGAAUACUCAUCAUGAAAAUCUGUAGAUUAUAUUUAUCAUAAAAUAAAAAAAAACGUCUUGACGUUUAUUAAUUUAGCUAAGAUAAA